AAGAUCCCGAGCAAGCUCCCGGCCCCAUCACCGAAUAUUCUGGCCAAGCCCGGCCGCAUCCUCGCCCACGGCGGCAGCGGGCAGCGAGACCCGUCCAAGCUCGCGUCCUCGACCACGGACGGCGGCGACGAAGACCCCUUCCAAAUCCGCUUCCCGCACGCGAUUCCUGCAGGCCGUUGGGAACUUCAACCCCAACAUCCUCGGCUCCCCUCCCUCGAUGACGCCAAAGAACGCGUCUCAAGCAGCGCCCGGCGUCUACCCCAUUAUCAGCUCUUCCCGAAACCUCUCCCCAAGGUACUCUGUCUCUAAGGUUCGUUCCAAUCUCACCAUUUUAUUUGAUUGAGAUGAGAGAGGGGUCAGGUGGCACGCGGUGGCUGUUCGUGGUUGCGUGCUGCUUAUGUACUGUGCAAUUUUAUUUUUUAUUUUUUUGGAGAUAGUUGCUGCUCUGUGCUAGAAGGAGGGAUGAACAGAGGAGAAACAGGACAGGGCUGGGUGUUGUCUGCACACAGAGAUAUUGAGAUAAUUGGUACUAUUGUUGUAGAAUGUUGUGAUGGAAAAAAAAAAUCUUCGAUCUCUUGCAAAUGAUGUUGGAUUGAAUGAUUUCUUUCAGUCACAGGAGUCGUCCAAUAUCGUGCUUCUUAUUGGAAAAGAGUCCCUGAUUUCGUACAUGCCAACAAGAAAGAAGACUAACAGUGGGUUGUUAAGGUGAGGAAUUUUUUAGCGUGCAUGCUUUGUUCGUCCAGAUUGGGUGGUGAGUUUUGGGUAUGACAGUGAGGAAUGUUUUAGUGUGCAUGCUUUGUUCGUCCGGAUUGGGUGGUGAGUUUUGUGUAUGACAGUGAGGAAUGUUUUAGUGUGCAUGCUUUGUUCGUCUGGAUUUUAGUGGCCACUGUGUCGUCCAGGUUGGGGAGGAUGACGGAGUCGGCAUGGCUGAAGAGGGUGAAGCAGCUGUUGGGGUUAAGUGUUGCGAGUAAUUUUACAGGAGUGAGCUUGCUCAGAAAUCUGCGACCGUUGAAACAUGAAAUACAUGCAAAGAUGGGGAAUAAUCAACAUGAUGCUCUGGUCGAGAGAAGUAGAAAUUAAUUAAGCUUCAAGAGGCUGAGACGACUCUUGUAGUACUAAGAGGGAAAAUUAGUUCUGGAAACACCGAUAUCUCUGUACUAUCUAUCUAUGUUCAGCAAAGAAAUUCAUUUUCUUCCUUUCUCAUUCCUCUAUUUUUUAGCAGACCAAGAUGCACAAAAGUGCGGCCUAUAAUAAACUGAAAUAGAAGCAGGUAACUACACUCUAGAGGUAUACAUGAACAAGAGAAAAGAAGAGAACAAUGAUCAAUGGAGAAAUGCACUGCGCUGUUAACUGCUGCCACUAUAACACUGAAGUUUUAAUUGCAGGACACCCAUAAAGAAAGAAAGAAGACUUGUGCUAUCAGAAACCAAUCGAAAAGGAGAAGGCAUAAAUGCAGUGGAUGGACUUGACAUUAAGCUGCUUUGUUAGAUAUACCAGGACGAAGGUUAAAAAUCAGAGGGCCUUAACAUCUUGCCAUAGUAUCUCAAGUCGCACUAGAUGAGAAUGUUUCAUGAUGCAAAUAACUUGUGUUAGGCAUUCUUGUUUUGUGUUCAGUUUUAUGCUUUAUUCUUCUACUCGCUAGGAUAUAGUACAAUUUUGAAUUGUGAGCCUAGCAUCUAGAAUCGAUUUUGACCUCUGAAAUUUUGUUUAGCAGGCAGCCCCAGCUGCUUUUAGUGCAAAUCACCGAGAGCUAAGGGUAUAUUUGUCCUUGCAUCAUUGUAAUUUUGAUGUUUUGCUCUAUUAUAAUUUAAUAUUGCUUGUUCCAUCUUGACACUAUUAUGUUGUGCCUAUAUGUGUUUCUUAUGCUGUUACGACGGGGUGACAAUGUGCCUAAUUUGCUGUGUGACAUGCAGCGUGAUCGGUGGGGGUUGAAAGUGUGGCGAUGCCAAUGUCAGAGACUGAACUUGUUAGGUACUCGCAGUAAAAGUGUACCAAAUGGACCAUGGGAGUUCCCCAACGAAGAUAUGUAAGUCUGUUGUGAAUGAAGAUAUCAUCAGCACUCUACCUGAAGCUCUCAGAGACAAAAUCCUUUGUUGUCUGCCAAUAAAAGAAGCUGUUGGAACAUGCCUCUUGUCAAGGACUUGGAGGUACACAUGGGCUUCAAUGACCGAACUGAUGUUCAGGAGAGCUGAUUUCGCUUCAGGAAAUGACAAUGCAGACGAUGACCGCAGAUUUCUUAAGUUCACUGAUAUGUUUCUCUUCCUCCACAACGGCCCAAUUCUGAAGUUUGGCCUGAAUACCAUAGCGAAUGAAAUGGUAUCCACUGGAGGACACCUUUACCGUUGGAUGCUUAUGCUGUCAAGAAAUAAGAUUAAGGAGAUUCAACUUCAGACAAGUAUACGUGACAGUUACAAGGUCCCGUCUAGUUUUUUCUCCUGCGAUGAACUAGAAUAUGUGUAUCUGCGAGCUUGUGUUUUCACUAGUUUACAUUUGCCACCUCCAUCUAAAGGCUUCAAACAAUUGCAUACUCUUCGUCUAGAAUAUGUCACUGUGGAAGGAAAUAGUUUAGGGGAUUUAGUAGCGAGUUGCCCGAAUUUGGAGAAACUUAAUAUUCGUGGAUUGUACAGCAAAUCCAAUAUAAAUAUUCGUUCAACAAAGCUCAAGGUGCUAAAAAUUGAAGGCUGGUUUACACACCUCAAUCUGCAUGCUCCUUAUCUUACUUCCGUAUGGAUCGGAUUGGAACUGAAUUCUGACACAGAUGGUGCUUCGACAACCAGAUGCAACUUCAAUCUUUCUCCAUUUAUUGCUUCUCUUUCAGAUGUUGAGACUAUUAGGUUUCAUGGACACAUCCUUGAGUGCGUAGAACAUGAAUUUCUGAUUCUCAAGCAGCCAAAAUUAUUCAACCGGCUGACAGAGAUAAGCCUGGAGAUCAAUCUCGGUGAUCUCAAGGAAGCAAAUUUUGCCUUGUGCUUAUUUCAGCAUGCCCCCAACCUGCGAUUUGUCAAACUAAAGCUCAUUUCCAGGAAUUCCGUGGUACCAACAGUGCAUUUCUGGGAAUCAAUAGACCGUGAUGUCUGUCUCUUCCAGAACGUUGAAGUACUUGGUUUGUUCGACUUUACUGGCUCCUCUGCGGAGCUAAGCUUCUUGAAACUUUUACUUGAAGAUGCACCAGUGUUAAGAAAAGUGGGAAUAAUCGACAAGGGAUUGCACAGAAAUGUCCUAAAAUAUCUCCUGAAGCUGAGAAGAGCAUCAAGGGAUGCAGAAAUAUUGAUUCUUUGAGGCUUGCUUCCCCCACUUGAAGAAGGAUCAAGUCCAAUCUCUGAAGGAACAAGUCAAGGCCAUUGGGAGGAACGGUAUCAAGCUUGUGUUGGGAACCUCUAACGACUCUACUGCUCUCGUUUGGUGCGAUCUUGUAAGGCACAAGCUCUGAAGUUUAGGGUGUACAAGCAUAAGUUAUCCCCAUAAUUUUUUUUUUGAACGAGCUUAUCCCCAUAAUUUGAUGUUGAAGUUACCCCGUGUUCCUGUGGAAAACAGUGUUGCCUCAGGAGUUGCUUACUUGUUGUGUCAAAGUUCAGAAAUAAAAUGUUUGGCAGUUCAUAUUGAUCUGCGAAAACGUCUUACAUUUA